AUGUUACCGGCAAUAUUAUUGAUGUCGGAUCCUUUCAAAAGUGACGGCGAUUCAACGGAUAGCGAUGAGUAUGGCCUGGUAUAUGGUGGCUCGCCGGAAAGUUCUGAGAGUUCAGAUGAUCAAGAUACACGAGACGCAAUUCCGUCCCAUUUUAACAAUGAAUGGUUCCUCAAAUGUCUCAACGUUUCGCGUGCUGUGUUUAAAGAACUGUACACCAAUUUACUGCCAGUACUUAACGAAACAUACAAACCUACCGCAUUCGAAAAGCUGGCAGCCACCAUACGAUAUUUGGCCAAAGGCACCUGUACCAGUGACCUUUUCGCCGGUGGUUAUAAAGCCAUACCUCGGAAAGAGUUUCAAAAAAUAUUUCCUCCAACGAUAAACGCGAUACAUGCAUUAAUUCGCAAUAAGUAUAUCUCACUAAAGACGCAAAACAGCGAAGAGCAGCGAGAAGCUGAAAGAUAUUUUAGGGAACAUUACCCCAACCUUUCCGGUGCAGCUCUGUGCGCAAUCGGGACGCAUAUUGAAAUAGCGGAGCCAACCGAUGAGAAGCAUCUGUUCUACUACAAGUAUGGUUCCUACAGUCUGAAUGCAUUAAUGAUGUGUGAUCAUAAAAAGCACAUAAGGUUCGUUAAUGCAAGCUUCUGCGGAGCCAUGCACGACGCGCACUUAUGGAUUAGCUCAGAUCUGGACAAGUAUUUUGUUGAUGAGUACCUAGAUGAGAAUACGUGCAGCUAUGUGCUAGCUAAAUCCAUGUUUCCAUCAAAACCCUGGAUAUUCACCCCGAUCCCAAACGCCAAGCCCAACAGCCGCGAGGCUAUGUUUAAUGAUCAGCAUACAAAGGCACACGGCGUAGCGGAAGAAACGAUUUCGCUGUUAAAGAACCGCUUUAGAUGCUUGCUAGGCAAACCACCGAUCCCGUACAAGCCCGCCGAAUGCGUGACCAUCAUAGACGUCUGUUGUGCGCUUCAUAACAUGUGCAUGGCAUGUAAAUAUUGCAAGUAA